AUGAACAUAUCAGAAUGGGAAGCGGCUUUGACAGAAGCUAAUAUCAAGGAUGAGUACCAAGACGUACUCAAUGGAUUCGACCAAGGAAUCUCCCACCACUCAGUCGGGAACCUCAGAUGGUUGACACCAGACAGCCAUGCGUCAGCUACCCAGAGCAAAGAGAAGAUAGAGAAGAGUACAGAAAAAGAGAUUUCUGCCAGAAGGAUGUUUGGUCCAUUCACGCACGCACAAGUGGUGACUGUUUUUCCGUUUUUUUGCUCAAGCCCGAUGGGGGCAGUAGUGAACGGCGACAGCUCUGUCAGACCAAUAAACAAUCUAAGCUACCCUAAGAACCGCAGAGACCAACCAUUGGUGAACUCCUUCGUUGACAAGAAAAACUUCACCACAACCUGGGACAACUUCAACAAAGUAUCACGUUUCUUUCAAAACUUAUCAGAACCGGUUCAUCUAGCCUUGUUUGACUGA